CGGGUUGUGGGGACGCGCCGGGCCGGGCGGCCGCGCCGCGGGCUGCUAGCGCUGCGGCCCCGACCUCCCGGGGCAGCAGCCCGAGGCCCCGGCGCGUCCCCGAGCCAUGUCGGUAGCCGCGCUUCUCUGCGCGCUGUGCUGCGGUCUCCUGGCCACGUCUGCUUGUGCCGGCUACUCCAAGGACCGCUGCAGCUGGAGGGGCAGAGUGGACGCAGGUGCUGGUGGCGGCGGGACAGGGGGUGGUGAGUCGGGGAAAAAGGGCUACCCGCCUGAGAACCACCGUCCUGUCCCCAGCGGCUUGACCCAGGAGCCUGGCAGCGUGGGGCAGCUGACCCUGGAUUGUACUGAGGGCGCUAUCGAGUGGCUAUAUCCAGCCGGGGCGCUGCGCCUGACCCUGGGCAGCCCCAAUCCGGGCACGCAGCCCAGCAUCGUCUGUCUGCGCCCCGCGCGGCCCUUCGCUGGUGCCCAGGUCUUCGCUGAACGGAUGGGCGGCAACCUAGAGUUGCUACUGGCCGAGGGCCCAGGCCUGGCUGGGGGCCGCUGCAUACGAUGGGGUCCCCGCGAGCGCCGGGCCCUUUUCCUGCAGGCCACACCACACCGCGACAUCAGCCGCAGAGUUGCUGCCUUCCGUUUUGAGCUGCACGAGGACCAGCGUGCAGAAAUGCCUCCCCAGGCCCAAGGUCUUGCUGUAGAUGGUGCCUGCAGGCCCUGCAGUGAUACCGAGCUCCUUCUGGCUGCAUGUACCAGUGACUUUGUGAUCCAUGGGACCAUCUACGGGGUCGCCCAUGACAUGGAGCUGCAAGAGUCAGUCAUCACUGUGGUGGCCACCCGUGUCAUCCGCCAGACACUGCCACUGUUCCAGGAAGAGGGCUCAGAGGGCCAGGGCCAGGCCUCCAUUCGUACCCCGUUGCGCUGUGGUGUGCGUCCUGGCCCAGGCUCCUUCCUUUUCAUGGGCUGGAGCCGAUUUGGUGAAGCCUGGCUGGGCUGCGCUCCCCGCUUCCACGAGUUCAGCCGCGUCUAUGCAGCUGCCCUUACAGCCCACCUCAACCCAUGUGAGGUGGCACUGGACUGAGAGACCUGGGAGCAAGCCCCCACCAGACCUUCUGGGGAUGGGGUGCUGGGGCAGGGUGAUAGGAGGGAGGGUGGGAAGGGUGUGGCUCAGACUGCACACUGGUGCCCACAGUGAGGUGAUAGAUACUAAAUGACCUGGAUCACA